AUGACUGUCAGACAGACCACAAGAACAUGGAGCCAGGAGUUUCUGCCUCACUCAGAAUCACGAUCUGGUUCCAGCUCUCGGGAGAGGUCUCACUCCAGAGAAAGAUCUCGACAAAGGCUUGUGGACAGUUCCUCCAAUCUGUCCACAAUGAGAAGUCGACGGGGUGUUAUGUUGGAGAGCUCACGGACACUUUACUCCAGCUUUUCCCGCAGUAUUGAGCUUUCCUUGGACGAAGUCGAUGCCACCAAAUUUAUUCAAGAGAACUUUAAGAAGAGAGAAUGUAUUUUAUACACCAAGGACCCCAAGUCACAGGACAAUAUAUGCAAGUGCGGAUACUCCAAGACUCAACAUAUAGACAGCACCCAGAACAACCAGAAUGAGAAGUGGAACAACAAGAAGCACACAAAGGAACUGCCUACAGAUGCCUAUGGGGAUAUUCAGUUUGAAGCAUUUGGUCGGAGGGGAAAGUACAUCCGGCUGUCCCGUGACACAACUCCAGAGAUCUUAUAUGAGCUGAUGGCCAAAUAUUGGCAGCUGAAGACCCCGAAUCUCAUCAUCUCUGUUACUGGAGGAGCCAAGAACUUCUCACUCAAACCACGAAUGCGCAAGAUCUUCAGCCGCCUCAUUUACAUCGCACAGUCUAAGGGAGCCUGGAUCUUUACAGGGGGAACACAUUAUGGCUUGAUGAAGUAUAUUGGUGAAGUGGUCAGAGAUAACACCAUUAGCCGGAGCUCAGAGGAGAAAGUUGUAGCCAUUGGAAUCGCAGCCUGGGGAAUGAUUUCCAACCGUGACACCCUGAUACGGAGCCCUAAUGCUGAGGGGAAUUAUGUAGCUCACUAUAUUAUGGAUGAGCAGAAGCGAGAUCCUUUGUACUGUCUAGACAACAACCACACGCACCUGAUCCUGGUGGAUAACGGAACCCAUGGCCAUCCAACAACCGAGGCGGAACUCCGAGCUUCUUUGGAAAAGUACAUUUCUGAACUAAAUGUGCCCGAGUCUAAUUAUGGUGGAAAAAUUCCAAUUGUGUGUUUUGCUCAAGGAGGCGGGAAAGAAACCCUAAGGGCAAUAAACACAGCCAUUAAGAGUAAGAUCCCAUGUGUAGUUGUGGAAGGAUCUGGGCAAACAGCUGACGUCAUUGCCAGUCUUGUGGAGGCAGAAGGCACUUCACUUGCGUCAUCGGCCAUCAAAGAGAAGCUACUUCGAUUCUUGCCUCGCACAGUGUCUCGUCUGGCAGAGGAAGAAAUGGAGGCCUGGAUACGAUGGAUCAAAGAGAUAAUGGAAAACUUGCAUCUUCUCACAGUCAUCAAAAUCGAACAGGCUGGGGAUGAAAUUGUGAGCAAUGCUAUAUGCUUUGCCCUAUACAAAGCUUUCAGUACUAAUGAACAAGAUAAAGAUAAUUGGAAUGCACAACUGAAGCUUCUUCUGGAGUGGAACCAGCUGGAGUUGGCCAGUGAGGAGAUCUUCACUAAUGACCGACGCUGGGAGUCAGCUGACCUGGAGGAUGCCAUGUUUGCUGCUCUUGUUAAGGACAGGCCCAAGUUUGUGCGACUCUUGCUGGAAAAUGGUCUAAAUCUGCGAAAGUUCCUGAGCAGCGAGAUCCUCAGUGAGCUUUUCUCUGAACAUUUUAGUACCCUAGUGUUCCGCAACUUGCAGAUUGCCAAGAACUCCUACAAUGACUCUCUACUUACCUUUAUCUGGAAGAUGGUCUUGAGCUACCAGCGAAACCGCAAGGAUGAGAGAAACAGCCGUGAUGACUCUGAGAGUCAGGACCUUUCUCAGACAAUUAAACAUCCGAUCCAAGUACUAUUUAUAUGGGCGAUUUUGCAGAACAAAAGAGAACUGUCUAAGGUUAUUUGGGAGCAGACAAGAGGAUGCACUCUGGCUGCACUUGGUGCCAGCAAACUCCUAAAAAGUUUGGCCAAAGUCAAGAAUGAUAUCAACGCUGCUGGGGAAUCAGAAGAAAUUGCAAAUGAGUAUGAAACAAGAGCUGUGGAGCUGUUCACAGAGUGUUACAGUAACGAUGAAGAGUUGGCAGAGUUGCUCCUGGUUUAUACCUGUGAGGCCUGGGGGAAUAGUAACUGUCUGGAGAUGGCAGUCGAAGCAAAAGACCAGCAGUUUAUAGCACAACCAGGAGUGCAGAACUUUCUCUCCAAGCAGUGGUAUGGAGAAAUCUCCAGAGAUACCAAGAACUGGAAGAUUAUUUUGUGCCUCAUUCUGUUUCCUCUCAUCAGCUGCGGAUUCAUCUCCUUUAGGAAGAAGAUCUCAGAGGGAAAGAGAAAUCAUUUGUGGAAGUACUUUGCCUUUUUCACCUCCCCGUUUGUUGUCUUCUCCUGGACAGUUAUCUUCUAUAUCGGGUUCCUCCUACUAUUUGCUUAUGUAUUACUAAUGGACUUCCAGCCAUUCCCCACUGGGCUGGAGAUUGCAGUCUACGUGCUGGUUUUUGUACUGCUUUGUGAUGAGAUAAGACAGAUGUACAUGAGCGGAGUGAAGUAUUUCAUUGACUUGUGGAACAUUAUGGAUAUUCUGGGUAUCCUGUAUUUCAUUGCUGGGAUAGUAUUCAGACUAUACAGCGACAGUCCUAGCUCUCUGUACACAGGCAGAGUUAUCUUCUGUCUUGAUUAUAUCAUCUUCACCGUGCGGCUCAUUCAUAUUUUUACCGUCAGCCGGAAUCUGGGACCAAAGAUCAUAAUGUUACAGAGAAUGCUCAUCGAUGUGUUCUUCUUCCUCUUCCUGUUUGCCGUCUGGGUGAUUGCCUUUGGAGUGGCCCGUCAGGGAAUCCUACGACUGAACGAGCAUCGCUGGGAAUGGAUUUUCCGCUCAGUUAUAUAUGAGCCAUAUUUGGCUGUGUUUGGACAAUACAUAUCUGAUGUUGAUGGUACCACUUAUGACUUUGACCAUUGCACUAUUACCGGGAAUGAGUCUAAACCACUUUGUGUGGAGCUGGACAGUGACCACAACCCUCGAUUUCCUGAGUGGAUCACCAUCCCACUGGUCUGUAUCUACAUGCUCUCCACCAACAUCUUGCUUGUCAACCUACUAAUAGCCAUGUUUGGAUACACCGUGGGCUCUGUACAAGAGAACAAUGACCAAGUGUGGAAGUUCCAGAGAUAUUUUCUGGUGCAGGAGUAUUGCAGCCGACUCACUAUUCCUUUUCCUUUCGUCAUCUUUGCCUACUUUUAUAUGAUACUCCGGAAGAUGUUCAGCUGCUGUUGCAAACAACAGGAGCCUCAACCUUCACCAUGUUGUUCUAAGAAAGAAGACAAUGAGACCCUGGCAUGGGAAGCUGUGAUGAAGGAGAAUUACCUGGUAAAACUGAUCAGCCAAGCACACAACAGCAUGGAAAUGGAACAGAGAUUCAAGCAACUGGAAGCGAAGCUGAAUGAUUUAAAAGGGUUUAUGAAGGACAUCAGCAGCAAAUUAAAGUAAAAACCUGUCCCAAGGGAGACGUAUGGUGAGUGUUGAUUCCGUAUCAUCCAUUCUCCAUCUAACUGUUCUAAAUCUGGGACUUUGUGUUUUUGUACAUUGUUACACUUGAGUUCAUGUGACUACAUUUCAUUAAAGUCUCUUGGUU